UGUGUAUGCACAUUUGAUCGAUCGGUCUUGAGGACACGUAUGUAUGUCUGAUCACACGAUACACCAUGCGCACCACAAACGACCAACCGACAAAACAACCAGAGUAAGACCAUCGUCUUGUACCCACCCACACACCCACCCACACAAAGACUGACGGAGCACCCCUCUAUCUACCCAUCCCAAUACUCCAUUGUCUCCUCCUCGUCGGCCUCAGCCUCCCCCCUCCCCAUGCCAUUCGCCACCCCGUCGUCAAUGGCCUCAUCCUCAUCGCCCUCGUCGCCCUCGCCGUUCUCCUCCUCCCACCUGGCCUCCUCCAGCCGGUCACGCGCACGGUCAUCCCUCUCUGCCUGUGCUGCCGCCCUCUUGCUCACCGGGGUGCUGCCCAGACCUCCGGAAGGCUUGAUGAACAUCUGGUUGGCACCACGACGAAUGCCCACACGAGGGGCGAAACGGGAAGACGAUGGGACGGCCGCUGGUCGGGCUGAGGGGGCCUUGUGGGCUGCGUCGACCGCGUCGUGUGAUGGUUCAUCCGACGGCUCGGACGUUGGGAACAGCAGCCGUUGUGUGUUCUGGAUCUGCUCGAUUCGCUCGAUGACCCUCCUGAGCUUGUCGGCCUCAUCCUUUGCGGCAGCCACAGCACUUGCCGCCGGCCCCCUGCCCAGCUGCCCCUGCCCCCAGCUGGUAAUCAUGUCCUCUUUGAGCUGCUCAAUGGUCAUUGUGUCGUCGGUGCGGUGUGCCCACAGCAACGACCGCAGCUGAUGCCACUGGAAUAUCUGCAGAGGGCUCGGCAGCAGCAAUGACGCCGCGUCGGUGAGGCCUCGCGAGGAGGCCGGGAGGAGGCACCACAGCGCCUCCGACUCGUUGGCCGGCAUCUUGAUGUCGAGAAGGGUGGCGAUGGGCGUGUCGAGGGUGUCCAUGGUGGGUGGCGCCUUUGUGCUCUUGCGCUUGGGCGACGCCUCCUCGCCUCCAUUUGCUGCAUCCGCUUCCCUCUCCCUCUUUCUGCCGUUCUUGUCGCCGCCAUUGACCUUGUCAGCCAGACAGCCGUCAACGUGCUCGUCGAGCAGGGCCGUUGCCAGCCGAUAGGCGUCAGCACCGAGGGGCGACGCAUCGGCCGCCUCCUCGGCAGCAGCUUGGAGGGCUUCAGAGAGCGAUGGGAGGGACAUUGGGGUGACGUGCUGCUGCUGCUGUGAGUGGUCGAUGCGCAUCGCAAUCUCCACCAGGCUCGUCAGGCGGUCGUGGACGAGGAAGGCCAGCGCUUCCAUUGCCCGUCCGUUGGUCACGGGCACUCUGCUGUCCUUGUCGGCCCCCAUGGCCGCCAGCAGACCCUUGACAUAGUCCUUGAAGGCCUUCUGCUUCUUCUUGCCGGUGAACAGCUGCUGCUCAGCCGCAUGCCACGCACUGUACGCGGCGCCCUUCAUGGCCUUGCUGCGCGCAUCUCUGAAGGCCAGACGGUGGAAGAAGCGAUCAGGGGGGAGGAGGCUGUCCGCAGAGGGAGAGCGACUGUCAUGGAUGGCCGUCGGUGCAGCAGCUUCACCAUCUGGCUGCUCUUGGGCGGCGGCUGCCAUGUGUGUGAGGGCGUCGAUGUCCUCUCCUUCGUCGUCCAUGGCACCGGUCGCCUUGGACGUCACUGCCUUCUUCUUGUCGUACUCGGACAUCUCCUGUGGGAAGACCUCGCUCAGGAAGGCCAUGAACUUGGUGGCUGCCGCUCCCUUGCCGCCGGCCUGGCUGUCGCACCGAUCGAAGACGGUCAUCAGAGCCGCCAGCCAGUGGUUGAGGUAGUGGUGUGCCGCUGUGGCGCUAGCCUCUGAGCACUCCUGGGCGUCGCCAAACGUGAAGAGCGCCCUGCGGACGGCAUCGAGGAGAGGGGUCUCGCGCAAUGUGGUGGCGUCGACCCCCAAAGCGGCAAGUGUCCGCAGACCACUCGUAGAUGCUGCCGCUGCUGCUGGUUGUUUGGAGUCGGCUUUCUUCUUGUUGCUUGACGAGGAGCCUGCUGCUGCUGCUGCUGCUGCCGUUUUCGCUUCAUGCCGCUGCUUGAGGACGGCCACCAUCCUCCCUCGAACCUUCUCGUCGAGCACGGCCACGCAUGCAGCCCAGUUCUGCCGGUCCUGCUGAUUGAGGAGGUUGGCUAUCUCCUCGACGCUCUUGCCUCGAAUGGCCACCUUGAACCGACUCACGGCUUCAGAUGCCAUCACCUCAACUGAGAGCCAGACCUGCAGCUGAAGGCAAAAAGAAGACCACACCUGCUUCAUGUCUGGAACAGAUCAAGCGGAGCUUCCACUACCUGUCAAGAUGCUCAAUAUCCAAGCGCAACAAGCGCAACGCCGGGUUCUUCGCCUUUGCUGCGAGCUUAUCGGUGAG